GCUAGUCGCUGUUACAAACGGAGAAGCCCAUGAAAGGAGUGUGACAGUAUGAGCCGCGCAGAAUCUAUAUGGAAUACGGCCUCGCUAACGGCGUAAAACUGGAUUGUAUUUGUCAUUUUUCAUGGACGCAGACGUGACUGUAAUUCUCUUUCAGUAGAUUCAGGUGAGCAGCCAUGGCUAACCUGCAGCAGGAAUACCCUGGGGUCCUUCUGGAGAUCCUGGAGGAACUGGCCAAUAUGCGCCAGUGGCUGACCUUCCAGGAUCUUUGUCGCAUGGUCAGCACCCGCUUUGACCUGGAGCACCUCAUUGAGCUCAGGAGUUUGCUGUUUGCUGCUGCCAGCCAUGACCCCUGUUUCCCAGCUACUCUCUUCAGAGACCGAGUUUCCACCAGAGGCCAGGGGCUAUCACCCAUAGGUGUCGCUGCUGACAUCGUAACUAUCUUCAAUCUCAUUCAGAUGACGGCUGGGGCUCCUGAUGGCAGCCAUCCAAUGAGAGCCCAGAUGGUCCUCCCUGUCGACCAGUCCCCAGGCCCCAGUCUGUCUGGAAUACACAAGCUGAAAAUUUCUGGUCGAGAAAGAGCACGUGCCCACUCUGACUCCGGUGGCAGGCCUAUCGAUCAGCACUUGCUGUUUCCAAGAUCUAAUUACUCUGCCCGCAAGCGAGCAAGUCUUCCCCCCGAUCCCAUCUCACUUGUGUCCUCUCCUCCAAUCAGGACGAGGGCUGUGUCUUUCGACUUGCCUCACACCACACUAUUGUACCCCAGUGGUCAAAUCCCCAACGAGGAAAUGCAGAAUAUCUACCUGCCUUUGGAGACAGACAGUGAGUCUAGUGGAGAUUCUGCGCCGAUGGAGGUGUUUGAAGAUGAACAGGGAUCGUCUGUCGACCAGAAGAGAAACAUCUUUAGGAAGGACUUCCAUAACCAGCCGCCUCUAAUACCCCAGGUGACUGUUAACAGUGAGUCUCCCAGUCCCAAACAGGGGAAGAAAGGCUUCGACAAUCACAGCUUUGAAACAAUCCCAAAUCCUUACUCAUCACCAGCAACAGUCAACCAAUCGCCAGAGCAGCGGGCUAAACAUGAGAUCCUUGAUGACCUACAGGACUCAACUUACUUCGGACCCCAGUCAAUCCCAGAGUGGUCCCCCCAACACCUUCAACCUCCCAGGACCCAGAGGCCCAUCUGGAGCAACAAGAGUCACAGUCUGGAGGACCGGAUAGGCCUGGGCAGCAUUGGAAUGGGGAUGGGAUCACAAGGGGGGCAACUUCCAAGACGAUCAACCCCUGCAAUAAGCAAUUUGGGGGGGUCCUCAGGAGCUGAGAGUGGGAAUAGUGGAUUGUCAAGUGGAGGUGAUGGGGUCAAGGCUCAAGGAACCCAGACAGACCAACCGGACACCCGGCGCCUCCGUAGCCUGGUCCACGCUGAUCGCCUCUCCUUUAUGACCUCAUUAGACGACCCUGAGUUUGGUGAGGAUGACAUCAGUGCCAUCUUUCGUUUCUUAGAUGACAUAAGCAUGUGCGGUUCCACGGGAGUCUUGCACCCUACUGAUGGAUCAGGGGCCAUUAACCAGGACACCCCCGAGGCCAGACGUGGCCGCCUAGGUCAACUCCAAAGGCUUUUCCACUCUCUGGAAAGUAGCGAUGAUGGGCUCAAGGCCGGUGUCUGUAAACUGCUGCUCCGUAUGAGCCAGAUAGAAAGACAACUGGAGUCACUGAAUGAUGUAAAGGCUGAGAUUUCCCAGGUACUGUCUGCACUGCAGCGGCUGGAUGAAAAGAUCCAGCAACCUAUUGGUGGUGAUGGACAAGGCACCGGUGGGCGAUGGCUGGAGCCUCUCAGUGGUGUGUCCUCCUUUAUGAGCCACCCAAUAACUCCUUCUGAGUCAUCUGAACCUCAGCCUCUGUCUGUGUCUGAGCAUCUGUUUCCAGGGAUCAGCACUAGUAGUCUGGACUGGAACCGGUGGAACACUCCCGGGGAGCAAGCAGAAAGCAGCAAGAGUCAGGCUGAUUCAAAGGGGAGGAAAGAAGGGAAGAAGGAUGCAUCAUCUCGUCGUGCCUCCAAAACCCAGCCUGAAGAAAAAAGUGUCUCUGAUUCCAAACAGCUGAAUGUCUCUAACUCGGCAAGAGACUGGACAGUGUCAUUCUCGAAAAGUAAGGAGGGCAAAGCUUCACAUGGAAAGGCAGAUCAAUCAGGCAGCACCACUAACCUAAUCUCCAAAAAGUCCUCCAACCUGGUGGACCAAGUGUUUAACUCAUCCCUGUUCCGUCACAAAGACAGCAGUCUGAAAGGUGGACUAACUUCUGGGAAUAUCCUGGACCCCAGAUUGUCUGAGGGGAGAGGGAGGCCCAUAUGGACCGUAGACGACAGAGAGGCACGUAUUUCCCCUUUGGACUUACAGACCCAGGAGUCUCUGAACCCCAACAACAUGGAGUUCUGGAUGGAUGACAUCUACACUCCAGGCUAUGACGCUCUACUAAGGCGUAAAGAGGCUGAUCUCCGCAGGGCCAAGGUCUGCAAGCUGCUUGCACUCAUUGCCACGGCAGUAACUAUCAUUCUUAUCAUCGUUAUUCCUAUUUGCACCAUCGGGUCAUGAAGAAUCUUACAAAAGAGUCCACAUUGUUGCCUGUUUUAAUUUUAAUUAUUUAUUUACGUAUAAAAAAUGUACGUGCUGUACACAGGAGAAUGCACGGCAUUCACAUGGAGAUAAGUAGAUACGAGACAUGUGACACUGGCUUGGUGAUCAGUAAACAUUCAGCAACUCCUUACACUUCUCUGCAUGCAGCAACAUUAUAAAACAGCAGGAUUCAAACUGUAGCUUACUAAUCACACCGAGUCACUCCCUCAUGCAGUUACAACAAAUUGUAAGUAAUCUCCCACGCCAACUUUUCUCUUCCAUUUAACGUCAUUUAUGUGGCUGUGAAAGGAAGUAUCUAAGGAUGAAUGUUUUAAAUAAUUUUUAAAAUAUAUUUGAGAGGAUAUGUUGAAACUAGUAAUACUGAGCCAAUGCAAAAGUGUUUUUUUCUCAUUUUGCCUGCUCUUUUCUGAGAAACAACACUAUUACAAAUGCAUUGUGAAACAGCUUCAGCCUUGAACACUGCCUAAAGCAUGAUUUAUGCUUCUGCGUUAAAUCUACGCCGUGGCUACGUACGUAGGUACGUCGGACCCUAUGCCGUAGCCUUAUGUGCACCUCUUGAAAAAUGUAACUACACGUCGCAGCCUCGGCCGUG